AUGGAGAACGGAUUUGACUACGUCGGCAAUGACCUCACCAACGUGCCGGCCAUCAGUCCGGGCUACUGCUGCGACCACUGCGAGAACUACCCUGGCUGCAAGGCGUUCACCUACAGCACGCACAACAACGGCACGUGCUGGCUCAAAAGCGGCCGCGGCACGGUGAGCCAGAAUCGAUACGUGGUGUCGGCGGUCAUGUCGACAGAGGCGCUGAACGUUUGCGCGCUCGAAAGCAUCAUCGACUACGUCGGCAACGACAUCGCGUCGAUGCCGCUGAGCAAUGCACUGGGAUGCUGCGCUCAGUGUCAAGCUCUACCGGGGUGCCGAGCCUACACUUUCACGAACUACAAUGGCGGCACGUGCUGGUUCAAGAGCGCAAAGGGCCGCAUGGUGGUGAAGGCAGGGGCCACCUCGGCCGACAUCUACCCAGCACCCGUCGAUGCCAUGUGCGGCCUCGAGAGCAGCAUCGACUAUGUCGGAAACGACAUGGGUAGCAAGGCAGCGGGCACGGCCAAGGAGUGCUGCGCCAUUUGCCAGGGCUGGAAUGGGUGUCGCGCGUUUUCGCGGAAGGCAGAAGUGUGCUAUCUCAAGAACCUCAAGGGCGAGACGGUGGCCAACGCCGAGGUGAUCUCUGCUGCCAUCUACGCGAGCCCUCCCGCACCGAGCUGCGCGUUGGAGAUCGGCGUGGACUACGUCGGCAAUGAUAUCGGUAACAAGCCCAGCGCUGAUGCUUACGGGUGUUGCUCGAUCUGCAUGAACACUUCUGGCUGCAAGGCCUUCUCGUGGUCGAACCACAUGGGCGGCACUUGCUGGCUCAAGAGCGCCAAGGGGAGCACGACGGCGAAGGAUGGCGUCAAGUCGGCAGUGGUCUAA